AUGUUUGAACUUCAAAAAUUGUAUGAUGAGAAAAGUUUCAAUUUCUUAAUAUGUUACGAGCAUAAAGAGGACGUUAAAUAUGAAACGCAUAUAAAGCUUAAUGAACUAAUUAUAGUAUACAAGGAUUUUGUUGUAUAUAAAGCAUCAAGUGAACGAAGAGAAUAUACUGAAUAUAAAUGUGCUCGGAAAUGUUCAUAUUCUUAUUAA